AUGGUUGAGAAGCAUUAUGGAAAAAAGCAGAAUGUACAUUUUCCAAAGCACAGAAUAGUGAAGGUAAGGAAAUCCAUUCAGUGUGGAAAGUAUUUCAGAAAUACAUCACAGCUCCUUGUUCACCAAACAAUACAGAGAGAGGAGAAACCUUCUGAAUUCUCAGAAAUGAGUAAUAAAUUCAGUCAGAGUAGAAUCUUUCAGCUGCACCAAAAAACCCACAGAGACGAGAGAACUUUUACAUGCCCAGAGAGUGGAAAGAGAUUAAUUAAGAGUGGCAGUCUUCAACGUCAUCAUACAACCCACACACGGGAGGAACCUUUUGAAUGCUCAGAGUGUGGAAAGAGAUUCAGUGAGAGUGGCCAUCUUCAACUUCAUCAGAGAACCCACACAGGGGAGAAACCUUUUGAAUGCUCAAAGUGUGGAAAGAGAUUCAGUGAGAGUGGCCAUCUUCAAUGUCAUCAGAGAACCCACACAGGGGAGAAACCUUUUGAAUGCUCAGAGUGUGGAAAGAGAUUCAGUGAGAGUGGCACUCUUCAACAUCAUCAGAGAACCCACACAGGGGAGAAACCUUUUGAAUGCUCAGAGUUUGGAAAAAGAUUCAGUCGGAGUGGCAGUCUUCAGCUUCAUCAGAGAACCCACACAGGGGAGAAUCCUUUUGAAUGCUCAGAGUGUGGAAAGAAAUUCAGUGAGAGUGGCACUCUUCAACAUCAUCACAGAACCCAAACAGGGGAGAAACCUUUUGAAUGCACAGAGUGUGGAAAGAGAUUCAGUCGGAGUGGCCAUCUUCAAUGUCAUCAGAGAACCCACACAGAGGAGAAACCUUUUGAAUGCUCAGAGUGUGAAAAGAGAUUCAGUCGGAGUGGCAGUCUUCAACGUCAUCAGAGAACCCACACAGGAGAGAAACCUUUUGAAUGCUUAGAGUGUGGAAACAGAUUCAGUCAGAGUGGCAGUCUUCAAUAUCAUCGUAGAACUCACACAGGGGAGAAAUCUUUUGAAUGCCCAGAGUGUGGAAAGAGAUUCAGUCGGAGCGGCAGUCUUCAACUUCAUCAGAGAACCCACACAGGGGAAAAAACUUUCAAAUGCUCAGUAUGUGCGAAGAGAUUCAUUCAGAGUAGCGAUCUUAAAAGGCAUCAGAGAACUCACACAGGGGAGAAACCUUUUGAAUGCUCUGUGUGUCGGAAGAAAUUCAGUGAGAGUGGCACUCUUCAACAUCAUCAGAGAACCCAUACAGGGGAGAAACCUUUUGAAUGCUCAGAGUGUGGAAAGAGAUUCAGUCAGAGUGGCCAUCUUCAACGUCAUCAGAGAACCCACACAGGGGAGGAACCUUUUGAAUGCUCAGAGUGUGGAAAGAGAUUCAGUCGGAGUGGCAGUCUUCAACGUCAUCAGAGAACCCACACAGGGGAGAAACCUUUUGAAUGCUCAGAGUGUGGAAAGAGAUUCGGUACAAGUGGAAAUCUUGAAUAUCAUCGUAGAACUCACACAGGGGAAGAACCUUUUGAAUGCUCAGAGUGUGGAAAGAGAUUCAGUCGGAGUGGCAGUCUUCAGCGUCAUCAGAGAACCCACACAGGGGAGAAACCUUUUGAAUGCUCAGAGUGUGGAAAGAGAUUCGGUACAAGCGGCAAUCUUCAAUAUCAUCGUAGAACUCACACAGGGGAAGAACCUUUUGAAUGCUCAGAGUGUGGAAAGAGAUUCAGUCGGAGUGGCAGUCUUCAACGUCAUCAGAGAACCCACACAGGGGAGAAACCUUUUGAAUGCUCAGAGUGUGGAAAGAGAUUCGGUACAAGUGGAAAUCUUCAAUAUCAUCGUAGAACUCACACAGGGGAAGAAUCUUUUGAAUGCUCAGAGUGUGGAAAGAGAUUCAGUCGGAGUGGCAGUCUUCAACGUCAUCAGAGAACCCACACAGGGGAGAAACCUUUUGAAUGCUCAGAGUGUGGAAAGAGAUUCGGUACAAGAUUAUAUCUGUCUGAACAUCAGAGAACCCACACAGAGGAGAAGCCUUUUGAAUGCUCAGAAUGUGGAAAGAGAUUCACUCAGAGUGGCAGUCUUCAAUGUCAUCAAGGAACCCACACAGGGGAGAAGCCUUUUGAAUGCUCAGAGUGUGGAAAGAGAUUCAGUAAAAGUGGCAAUCUUCAAUGUCAUCAGAGAACCCACACAGGGGAGAAACCUUUUGAGUGCUCAGAGUGUGGAAAAAGAUUCAGUGAGAGUAGCACUCUUCAAAGGCAUCAGAGAACCCACACAGGGGAGAAACCUUUUGAGUGCUCAGAGUGUGGGAAAAGAUUCAGUGAGAGUAGCACUCUUCAACAGCACCAGAGAACCCACACAGGGGAGAAACCCUUUGAGUGCUCAGAGUGUGGAAAGAGAUUCAGUCAGAGAGGCCAUCUUCAGUAUCAUCAGAGAACCCACACAGGGGAGAAACCCUUUGAAUGCUCAGAGUGUGGAAAGAGAUUCAGUACGAGUGCCCAUCUUCAGUGUCAUCAGAGAACCCACACAGGGGAGAAACCCUUUGAAUGCUCAGAGUGUGGAAAGAAAUUCAGUGAGAGUGGCACUCUUCAACAUCAUCACAGAACGCACACAGGGGAGAAACCUUUUGAGUGCUCAGAGUGUGGAAAGAGAUUCAGUCGGACUGGUGAUCUUCAGUAUCAUCAGAGAACCCACACAGGGGAGAAACCCUUUGAGUGCUCAGAGUGUGGAGAGAGAUUCAGUCAGAGAGGCCAUCUUCAGUAUCAUCAGAGAACCCACACAGGGGAGAAACCCUUUGAGUGCUCAGAGUGUGGAAAGAGAUUCAGUACGAGUGCCCAUCUUCAGUGUCAUCAGAGAACCCACACAGGGGAGAAACCCUUUGAGUGCUCAGAGUGUGGAGAGAGAUUCAGUCAGAGAGGCCAUCUUCAGUAUCAUCAGAGAACCCACACAGGGGAGAAACCUUUUGAAUGCUCACACUGUGGAAAGAGAUUCAGUCAGAGUGUCCAUCUUCAAUGUCAUCAGAGAACCCACACAGGGGAGAAACCUUUUGAAUGCUCACACUGUGGAAAGAGAUUCAGUCAGAGUAGCCAUCUUCAAUAUCAUCAGAGAACCCACACAGGGGAGAAGCCUUUUGAAUGCUCACACUGUGGAAAGAGAUUCAGUCAGAGUGGCAGUCUUCAAAUUCAUCAGAGAACCCACACAGGGGAGAAGCCUUUUGAAUGCUCAGAGUGUGGAAAGAGAUUCAGUCGGAGUGGCAGUCUUCAACGUCAUCAGAGAACCCACAGAGGAAAAGGCAGUGAAGAGUUGCUGUUGAGCCUUCGUCUUUUCAGAGGGAUGGAAACAGCUGCUACACCUGCAGUCCAGCGCGAAGAUCAUCUGAUGGCGCGCAGAGCGAGGGACGCCUUCUUAAUGGACGACUCGGCCCCCAGCGCUCUGCGCGGGGCCGAAAGGCCGCCUUCCGGAGCCGGCAUGACCGCGGGGCUUGCCACGGCUGCCGGCAACGUGCCCUGUAGGGGCAGAAGAGGAGCGGAAAACGAGCGCAGGCGGCGCUGGUCGUUGUCGGCAGCGGAGGAGGCUUCCUCCUCAGAAUGCCGACCUGGCCCCGACGGCCAUUUCGAGAAGCGCAGGAAGGCGCAUAAGGACGGCGACCAGCAGCUGGGCAGCCUCCAGAGACGGGGACCGGCGGAUACCACCCUCCAGGCGGGAGACUUCGAUCUCCACGAAGCCCAAUCGCUCCAGGAAGCUGCACAGACCAGCCAGCCCCAGGCGGGCUUGGGUAACGUACCCAUUAUGGGACCCUCUUUAUUUGUUGAAUUUUUAGAGUCAAUAAGGCAGACCGUGGGUGCUGCAGUGGAAGCAGCCACCCAAUUUUUCGAGCGCCAGCUGAAAGCAGAGUGGGCCAAACCAAGUGCCAACAGACAGGUUCCCAACUCUGUUAAGAAGUUGUAUGAGCUGCCCACCUUUGCCAAUGAUAUGCUUCAGCUUCUACCAGACGCAGAUAGGAGGAUCCUGGAGGGCACCAGCAGACUCCUGCGGGCAGCUGAAUUCUCAGCAGAUGCUUCCCUGGAUGCCCUUACCUUCUCUGCCAGAGCGAUGGCGUCCAACACUGUGGCAAGAAGGGGCCUAUGGCUAAGGGCCUGGCCGGCUGACAUACAUUCAAAGUCGAUCGUUUCGGGCUACCCUUUCCAAGGAGAGAAGCUGUUCGGAGACGGCCUGGAGAAGAUCCUCAUGGAGACACGGGACAAAAAGAAAGCCAUGCCCAAGUUCCUCAAACGCCCAGACAGGCGGGGGUUUGGGCCUAAUUCCUUUCGGACCUCCUCCAGCGCCCCCAAGCCCAAACAGGAAUUUAGAAAAACAGCCUGGGGUCAACCCAAGCAAAAUUUCCGUAAAGGCUUCUCCAACCCAAGAUUCCAGAGAAACCAGCCCGAGAGAUCGGACAAGUUUGAGAGGGGCCCCAAGCCCAACAAGUUUCUGAACAGGAAUAUCAAGCUACGCCACUUCAGGAUGGAGUCCAUCAAGUCAAUAACAGAGGCCCUGAGUCACAGGGACUACAUGGCUUCGCUGGAUCUAACAGAGGCCUAUCUUCAUAUCCCGAUUCUACCUGCCCAUCGCAAAUUCCUACGUUUCUGCGUGAAUGGACAUCACUACCAGUUCAGAGCUCUGCCCUUCGGUCUUGCAACGGCUCCACGGGUGUUCACCAAGGUGUUGGUGAAUCCGAUCGCCCACCUCAGGCAGAGAGGUAUACACGUUCACCCGUAUCUCGACGACCCGUUGAUAAGAUCUUCGUCAAGGAGGAAUGCAGAGCAGGACGUCCAGAGUACCAUCAACUGCCUUCAGCAGCACGGCUUAUUAAUCAAUCCGGACAAGAGCCACCUGCAGCCGACUCAGAGACUGGAACACCUGGGCAUGAUAAUUGAUACGAACCUGAGAUCCAUCCUUCUCCCAGAAGCCAAGAUCCUGAAGACUGUGACACUUGUGCGACAGGUGAUUCAAGAGCUGUCAUCGACACUCCAGAUGCUAGCAAAACUCAUGGGCCUUCUAAUUUCAAACCUAGAAGCGUUGCAGUGGGGCCGCCAUCACACCAGGCAAUUGCAGAUGUUCCUACGUCCCUAUCAGCUCCAAAUCAUGGAGAGACGCUCCAUAUCACUGACAUUGCCCUUGGGGGUAAAGGAGAACCUGAUGUGGUGGACCAAGGCCAGCAACCUGCGUCAGGGGAAGAUCUUCUUCGCAGAGGGAGAGUUGCAGCUGUUUUCGGGUGCCAGCCUCUUGGGUUGGGGGGCAACCCUCAACGAGACUCCCACGCAGGGUCGGUGGACGACCAAGGAAUCGAACCUCCCAAUCAACCUCUUGGAGCUUCGGGCAAUCCGACUGGCCUUGCUUCACUUCCAGGACCAAGUAUCAGGACAGCAUGUCCUGAUACGAACGGACAACAUAGCAGCGAAAGCCUACAUAAACAAUCAAGGGGGGUCCAGGUCCAGCUCCCUCCACAGGGAGGCCGGGAAGCUGUUCAGAUGGGCGGAGUGCCACCUGAAGUCGAUAAGAGCGGAACAUAUCAAAGGGACAUGCAAUGUCAAGGCAGACUGGCUCAGCCGGGAAAACAUCCUGGCGGGAGAAUGGUCUCUCAACAAGUCUCUGUUCCUGAAGAUAAUAGAGCAUUUUGGAUCUCCAGCACUGGACCUAUUCACAUCUCAUCAAAACCACCAACUUCCCAGUUUCUUCACAAGUCAUUCCGAGACUACUCAGAAAGAUCAGGACACUGGGGGCCGAGGUCACCUUGGUUGCACCCUGGUGGCCUCGACGUCCCUGGUUUUCUUCAAUCCAACAGAUGGCCAUGGAGGAACCACUCCACCUACCAACCUGGCCGGACAUGCUGCUGCAGGGGCCUGUGUGGCACCCUCAUCCAGAAUGGCUGGGAUUGACCACGUGGAGGUUGAGAGGAGAUCGUUGUUAGAUCUAGGGUAUACUAGCGAGGUGGCUAGCACCAUUCUAGCGUCUAGAAAAGAAUCCACCACACGGAUCUAUAACAUGUCCUGGAAGGCCUUCCACAGGUGGUGCCGGAGGAAGAACGUGGACCCAUUACGUUCUACGGUGUCUAAGGUUCUUCAAUUUCUUCAGGAUGGUCUACAAUCAGGCCUGAGGCCAGCCACCCUCAGGCGGCAGAUUGCAGCACUGUCCUCAGUACUUCAACAGGUGGAGGGCAUGAGCCUGUCGUCUCACCCACACAUCCGACGGUUCCUUAGAGGGGCCUCCUUGAGUUCUCCACCUCAAUCGCACCGUUUCCCGACUUGGAGAUUGAACCCGGUGCUGUCAGCCCUGACAGGUCCGCCCUUCGAGCCACUCAUGUCUGUACCCCUAAAGAUGAUGCGCAUGAAGAUGAUCUUCCUGGUGGCAAUAACGUCAGCCAGAAGGGUUUCCGAAAUCGGAGCCCUGUCGGCAAGAAAGGAGCUAUGCGUAUUCCACAAGGACAAAGUGGUCCUCUACCCGGACCCUACCUUCCAGCCAAAGGUAUCAUCUAAAUUCCACCAAAGUCAAGAAAUCAACCUGCCUUCUUUUUGUCCAGAUCCCAAGCAUCCGAAGGAGCACACAUGGCACACCCUGGACGUACGCAGGGCAAUCAAGAUCUACCUGAUCAGAACAGAACCUCUGCGUAAGACCGACUCCUUGUUCAUCAACGUGACGGCACCCAGAAUGGGCCUGAAGAUGUCCAAGUCUGCCAAUAGCUAUGCCAUCAAACAGUGCAUAACAGAGGCGUACAAGACAUUACAUCUCAAGAUUCCACCAGAGAUCACGGCACACUCCACCAGAAGUGCAGCCACCAAUGCAGCCUUCAAUAGGAACGCCUCAGUCGAGGAGGUGUGCAAGGCGGCUACGUGGUCCUCUAUCUCCACCUUCGUGCGACACUACAAACUGAAUUCUUACGCGUCGGCGGACGCGGCCUUUGGGUCUGCCUCUGCUGGCCGAUUUACUAGGCCUGAGACUGCGGUUGCCGGCAGACGAAUACCCAAAAAAGAGACACCUUUUGAAUAUUCAGAGAUGAGAAAUGAAUUCACUAGCUUUCUUCAACUUCACCAAAAAAUUCACACACGAGAGAAACCUUUUAACAGCCAAGAGUGCGGAAAGAGAUUUAGUUGGAGUAGCCAUCUUCAGUCUCAUCAGAGAACCCACACAGGGGUGAAAUCUUUUGAAUGCACAGAAUGUGGAAAGAGAUUUAAUGUGAAUGACAGUUUUCAAAAGCAUCAGAGAACCCACACAGAGGAGAAGCCUUUUGAAUGCUCAGAAUGUGGAAAGAGAUUCACUCAGAGUGGCAGUCUUCAAUGUCAUCAAGGAACCCACACAGGGGAGAAGCCUUUUGAAUGCUCAGAGUGUGGAAAGAGAUUCAGUAAAAGUGGCAAUCUUCAAUGUCAUCAGAGAACCCACACAGGGGAGAAACCUUUUGAGUGCUCAGAGUGUGGAAAAAGAUUCAGUGAGAGUAGCACUCUUCAAAGGCAUCAGAGAACCCACACAGGGGAGAAACCUUUUGAGUGCUCAGAGUGUGGGAAAAGAUUCAGUGAGAGUAGCACUCUUCAACAGCACCAGAGAACCCACACAGGGGAGAAACCCUUUGAGUGCUCAGAGUGUGGAAAGAGAUUCAGUCAGAGAGGCCAUCUUCAGUAUCAUCAGAGAACCCACACAGGGGAGAAACCCUUUGAAUGCUCAGAGUGUGGAAAGAGAUUCAGUACGAGUGCCCAUCUUCAGUGUCAUCAGAGAACCCACACAGGGGAGAAACCCUUUGAAUGCUCAGAGUGUGGAAAGAAAUUCAGUGAGAGUGGCACUCUUCAACAUCAUCACAGAACGCACACAGGGGAGAAACCUUUUGAGUGCUCAGAGUGUGGAAAGAGAUUCAGUCGGACUGGUGAUCUUCAGUAUCAUCAGAGAACCCACACAGGGGAGAAACCCUUUGAGUGCUCAGAGUGUGGAGAGAGAUUCAGUCAGAGAGGCCAUCUUCAGUAUCAUCAGAGAACCCACACAGGGGAGAAACCCUUUGAGUGCUCAGAGUGUGGAAAGAGAUUCAGUACGAGUGCCCAUCUUCAGUGUCAUCAGAGAACCCACACAGGGGAGAAACCCUUUGAGUGCUCAGAGUGUGGAGAGAGAUUCAGUCAGAGAGGCCAUCUUCAGUAUCAUCAGAGAACCCACACAGGGGAGAAACCUUUUGAAUGCUCACACUGUGGAAAGAGAUUCAGUCAGAGUGUCCAUCUUCAAUGUCAUCAGAGAACCCACACAGGGGAGAAACCUUUUGAAUGCUCACACUGUGGAAAGAGAUUCAGUCAGAGUAGCCAUCUUCAAUAUCAUCAGAGAACCCACACAGGGGAGAAGCCUUUUGAAUGCUCACACUGUGGAAAGAGAUUCAGUCAGAGUGGCAGUCUUCAAAUUCAUCAGAGAACCCACACAGGGGAGAAGCCUUUUGAAUGCUCAGAGUGUGGAAAGAGAUUCAGUCGGAGUGGCAGUCUUCAACGUCAUCAGAGAACCCACAGAGCAGAAGACAAUCAGAGGAAUGAGAAGGGGGAGGAACUUCAACAGCAAAUGCCAGAUAGAGUUAAAAAUGAAGACUUGAAUGAAAAUCUCAGGAAUCGAGGCAGACCUAAAAGAAAGAAAGGCGGCGGUAUGGUUGCAAAGUGUGAUGGAACAAAGCGGAAUACCAACACGGCUGGCCGCUUGAAUCCAUCAAAAGAGGAGAUUAUGAAGAAAAUUUUUGAAGCAGUGGAAAUGGACAUUUUAACAGACAAUGAAGGAAGGUGGCAAGCGGAACUGAAAAGAACUUUAGCAACCGUUCUACAGCUGGAACAGACUAAAUGA